AUGGCUUCUCCCGAGUCUUCCGAAAACAAGACGGGGAUGCAGAAGUUCGGAGCGGGCAUCAAAAAGGUCCUCGGCCUCAAGGAUGAAUUCCCUGUCCCUACCGACCCCGUGACCCGCGGCGAGUCCACCUUCUCAGUUGCAUCUACAGAGAUGUACUUCGACCAGGAUCCCACGACCAUGGAGUAUUUCCGUGAACUCACUCCCACCGGUCAAGAUAUUGUCAACUACCUAAUCAGCAUUUUCCCAUUCCUCAACUGGAUCUCCCGAUAUAAUGUCCAAUGGCUCAUUGGUGAUGUUGUUGCUGGCUUGACCGUCGGUGUAGUCGUCGUUCCUCAGGGUAUGGCAUAUGCCAAACUCGCUCAGCUUCCUGUCCAGUUCGGUCUCUACUCCUCCUUCAUGGGUGUCCUGAUCUACUGGUUCUUUGCUACCUCCAAGGAUAUCACCAUUGGUCCUGUCGCUGUCGUUUCCACUCUUGUUGGCCAGAUCGUUGACAAGGCAAAGGUCGAAUUCCCUGACCUUGCUCCUGAAGUCAUUGCAUCUGCGAUCGGUAUUGUCGCUGGUGGUAUCAUCGCUUUUAUUGGUUUGAUUCGAUGCGGCUGGAUCGUUGACUUCAUCCCACUCACGGCUAUCUCUGCUUUCAUGACUGGAUCCGCUCUCAGCAUUGCCUCUGGUCAGGUCCCAUCCAUGUUGGGUCUCAGCGGCUUCAACACCAGAGGAACCACCUUCUCGAUCAUCAUCGGAUCCCUCAAACAUCUUCCUUCCGCCAAAAUUGACGCUGCCAUGGGAUUGACUGCCCUCUUCCUCCUUUACUUCAUUCGCUGGGGAUGUGGCUUUAUGGCCAAACGCCAUCCAUCAAAGGCUAAGGUUUAUUUCUUCACUGCUACCCUUCGCGCAGUCUUUGUUAUCCUCCUGUACACCUUCAUCAGUUUCUUGGUCAACAGGAACCACCGAAAGGAUCCUGUCUUCAAGAUCCUGGGAACUGUUCCACGAGGUUUCCAAAAUGCCGGUGUCCCAGUCGUGAACGCUAGGGUCUUGAGUGCCUUCUCUGGUGAAAUUCCAGCCGCCGUCAUUGUCUUGUUGCUUGAACACAUUGCUAUUUCCAAGUCAUUCGGUCGUGUCAACAAUUACACCAUCAAUCCAUCCCAAGAGCUCGUCGCUAUUGGUGCCGCUAACAUGCUUGGUCCAUUCCUGGGAGGAUACCCAGUCACCGGUUCUUUCUCUCGAACUGCCAUCGCCUCCAAGGCUGGCAUCAGAACUCCAUUCGGAGGUGUCUUCACUGCCAUGGUUGUCCUCCUCGCCGUAUAUGCCCUUCCCGCCGUUUUCUUCUACAUUCCCAACUCCUCUCUCUCAGCCGUCAUUAUCCACGCUGUCGGCGAUCUUAUCACUCCACCAAACGUUGUUUACCAGUUCUGGAAGGUUUCACCCAUCGAAGUCAUUGUCUUCCUGGUCGGUGUUUUCGUUGCAGUCUUCUCAUCCAUUGAGAACGGAAUUUACGCUACUGUCGCUUUCUCCCUGGGCAUCCUCCUGUUCCGCCUUGUCAAGGCAAAGGGUGAAUUCCUCGGACGUGUCAAGGUUAACUCUGUUGUUGGUGACCAUGUCAUUGACAACGAUGGCAAAUAUGGAACUUUCGAUGACACCAGCAGCAUCCCAGGAGGACCAAGCAGCCGCAAUGUCUUCCUUCCCCUCAGCCACAAGGACGGCUCUAACCCCGACGUCCAAAUUGAGCACGCCCUACCUGGUAUCUUCAUCUACAAAUUCUCUGAAGGGUUCAACUACCCCAACGCCAAUGGAUACCUCGAUGACUUCGUCGCCACCAUCUUGGAGAAGACCCGACGCACAAACCAGAACAGUUACAACCGUAUGGGAGACAGGCCAUGGAACAACCCUGGACCCAAGCGUGGCGAGACUGAAGCUUCCACUGAUGACCUACCAAUCCUCAAAGCUGUCAUUAUGGACUUCUCUUCUGUUAACUACGUUGAUGUCACUUCUAUUCAAAAUCUUGUGGAUGUCCGCGAGCAACUUGACCGACAUGCCGCACCCGAGGUUGUCCAGUGGCACUUCGCUCAUGUCAACAACCGAUGGACGAAACGUGCUCUCGCCGCCGCUGGUUUCGGCUACCCCACCUCACCAGCAGGAUCUGAGCUUGCCCCACGCUGGAAACCUGUCUUCAGUGUCGCCAACGCUGACGGAACCAACAGCUCCACCAACUCCCUGGAUAUGGGCCACAAGGGUUCCGCCAUGUCUAGACUCGAAGACGAAGAAAUCGGUACCAUCACACCAGCUUCACAAGCUCCUACAGAACGAGUGGAGGUGUGCAAGGAUGGUGUUUAUCACAAAGAAAUUGAGAAGGUCGGCGGUUCUCGAGGCACGGUGGUAAAUAGCAUGAACCGCCCGAUGUUCCAUGUUGACUUGACCAGCGCUCUCCAGAGUGCUACGGCCAAUGCACGACAAUGA